GGUCACCAUAUCAGUUAAGAGUGGCUAAGAGCAUUUCUCCGACGAACCUUUGCCACAUUUCCUUGUUCUUUCUCUCUCUCUCUCCUGAAACUACUAAGCUAGUGGAACAUAGAACAUAGAAUAUCUUAGAAUGUGCCACUAAAGAAUCAUUUCCAUUCUUCAUCUGUCAAAUUCUUUUCUUCCACCUUAAAUACUCUCAUUCUAUGCUUGUUUUAAACCCAUUCACUCUUUAGUCUAUAGUUAACUCAUUAAUCUUGAAAAACGUGUUUAGGCGAAAACAUGGUGAAGUUUUCUAAGCAGUUUGAGGCACAACUUGUGCCAGAAUGGAAAGAUGCCUUCUUCGAUUACGAGCAACUAAAAAGAGAGCUUAAGAAGAUUCAGUUCUUAAACUCUACUAAUAAUAAUUAUUCAAAACAACAAAAAAAGGGUUAUUUUGGCUGUUCCUUCAUUUCUUCCCUAGGGAAGUUCUCCUCAUUUGGCCAGAAACAUAGAGAUCAUGGCCCAAUUCAAGUUCACAGAAAGCUUGCAUCUUCAGUUAGCAAGGGGGACCCGGACCUAUAUGAGACUGAAUUACUGGAGCAAUUUGCGGAUGUAGAGUCUGCUGCUGAAUUUUUCACGUGUUUGGAUCACCAACUCAACAAAGUGAACCAGUUUUAUCGAUCUAAAGAGAAAGAGUUUGUUGAGAAAGGAAAUUCAGCAAAGCAGCAACUUGAUUUCUUGGUUCAGGCGAAGAACAAGCUCAAGUGGAAGAAGGAAGCUUCUUCUCAAGACUCCUAUGAUGAUCCCUCCAUUUCAAGCCAACUCUCUUCUGAGAUAGAGUUGAUUGAAAAGGCAGAGGAAGAGCAGGGCCAAGACAGUUGCAGUGAUGAACAAGAGAAAACCGGCAACGAAUCUACAAAAUCCGAUGAGACGGAAAGAUCAGCACGAAGAAUAAAAAGAGAUGACUGUGGUUCAAGGAGCUUCUCUAGUAGGGUUUUUAACUGUCAGGGGAAGAACUUAACCAUAAACAUUCCGCUAACAACGCCAUCUAGAACCUUCUCAGCAAUUGGUUCCUUAGUUUGGGAAGAUGUUAUAGGUCACAAUUCGGCCAAGAAAACCAAUCCAAGAGGAAUUCACAUCAACCAAACUAAUCUGCAUCAUGCACAAAAGAUGAUUCGAGGCGCUUUUCUUGAGUUAUAUAAGGGUUUAAAUUACCUUAAAACAUACAGGAACUUAAACAUGCUUGCUUUUGUCAAAAUCUUGAAAAAGUUUGACAAAGUAACCAACAAAGAAGUACUACCAAUUUAUCUCAGAGUGGUAGAAAACUCUUAUUUCAACACAUCCGACUUGGUAAUGCGAUUAGCAGAUGAGAUUGAAGAGCUAUUUGUUAAGCAUUUUGCUAAGGAUGAUAAGAGGAAGGCCAUGAAAUACCUUAAACCAAAUCAUCGCAAAGAAUCCCAUGCAGUUACCUUUUUCAUAGGUCUGUUUACAGGAUGCUUUAUUGCACUUCUGGUUGGAUAUGUCAUCAUGGCUCAUCUAAUGGGAAUGUACACUAAACAAGCACCUGACACUGUUUACAUGGAGACUGUAUAUCCUGUCCUAAGUAUGUUCAGCUUAUUGUUCUUGCACAUCUUCUUGUACGGAUGCAAUAUCUUUACCUGGAAAAAGGCGCGAAUCAAUUACAGCUUCAUCUUGGAGCUGGCUUCGACCGAGGAGCUUAAAUUUAGAGAAGCCUUCUUGAUCAGUUCUGCUUCGAUGACUGCUAUUGUAGGGGUCUUGUUCAUUCACCUCUCACUUGCAGCCAAAGGGCACUCUUCUGCGCUAGCUCAGGCCAUUCCAGGCUUUCUCUUAUUGUUUUUCGUGCUGUUAUUAUUCUGUCCUUUCAACAUUGCCUAUCAUUCAACUCGGUACAGAUUCCUUCGAGUUAUAAGGAAUAUAGUUUUUUCACCUCUUUACAAGGUUGUUAUGCUAGACUUCUUCAUGGCUGACCAACUUUGUAGCCAGGUGCCACUCCUAAGAAAUUUCGAGUAUUUAGCUUGUUACUACAUCACCGGAAGUUACAAGACUCAGGAUUACGGAUACUGUGUAAGGACUACACACUACAGAGAUCUCGCAUAUGCUGUUUCCUUUUUACCAUACUACUGGAGAGCAAUGCAGUGUGCAAGGAGGUGGUUUGACGAAGGACAGGUUACACACCUAGUGAAUCUGGGUAAAUAUGUGUCAGCUAUGCUGGCAGCCGGGGCUAAGUUGGCAUACGAGAAGGAGAAGACAACAGGAUACUUAUGCCUAGUUGUAGCCUUGUCAAGUGGUGCCACAAUGUACCAAUUGUACUGGGACUAUGUAAAGGAUUGGGGAUUGCUACAAUUUCAUUCCAAAAAUCCUUGGUUAAGGAACGAAUUGAUGCUCCGAAAGAAGUGCAUUUACUAUUUCUCCAUGGUAUUGAACUUGAUUCUAAGGUUGGCUUGGCUACAAACCGUCCUACAUCCGAAUUUUGGAAAUGUUGAUUACAGAGUGAUUGGGCUAUUUUUAGCUGCCCUGGAAGUAAUCAGAAGAGGACAGUGGAAUUUCUACAGAUUAGAGAAUGAGCAUCUAAAUAAUGCUGGCAAGUUUAGAGCAGUUAAGCAAGUGCCACUCCCUUUUCAUGAGGUGGAUGAUGAAGAAUGAAAUGUUUUUUCGAGGGCAACACCAGUGAAUGGAAAUUGAAGGACGUCUAUACCACAAGGCGUCAAGGCUGCAUCAAGUGAAUUCCUUUUGAUCAAGUAUAUGCAUGCCUAGGAGGAAUACUACAUAACUGUGCAUAAAUUGGUUCUUCGGAUUUUGCCAAUGAAAAUUAAACUCAUAUAGUCAUAUGUAUGUAUUAAUGAGACUUGCCUAAUAUAUAACUGUCAUGUACUCUCUGUUUUUUUUAUCAUAUCAGAGAGGGCAUUUUGGGA